ACUUGCUGCCACAUUAACAUUAAAUCAUUAAUAUUACAAUUUUAAUUAGGAAAACGUCAAAUCUCCAUUUUCAAACUUUCUUAUAGAAAAAUUAUACACACAUCACACAUGUAUACAUAAUUAAAAUUGAUGAUAAUUUGUGGUCAUCAUGUAUUAGUAGUAUUAAGUAGGCCAACACAAUUUUUUCCAUUUUGUUGGUGUUCUUGCUUUCCAACUCACAUCCAUAUUUUCUCCCUUACACAACAAAUCAUCAUCGAAGUUUGGAGCGCAACCGGAAAGUCACUCAUUUUAGCACUGCUCUCAGCCAAACACGUUUAACUGCGAAGUUUGAACUUAAGGGUUAGGAAGCAUAUUAUAGCAACAUGCAAGACCUUCACAUGUCUUGCAUGGUGAAACACUUAUUUUAAAUGUUAGAUCAAGUUAUCCCACAAGAUCUUAUCAUGGACCCUCAACACUAUAUCAACUCUCCUUUUUUCUUUUCUUUUGUGAAAAAACAUUUUUUUUUCUUCUUCUUCAAUUACAAUUGUAUGGUGAAAGAAAAAUAACAUCAGUAAUCAGUAAUCAUUGUAAAUUUUAAAAUUUAAAUUAUCAAGAUCUGAAUUUUUUUCUUCAAUGGUAGGGUUCAAGAUUAAAAAUUUCUUGAACCCCAUUUUACUACCGAUUAUUUAUUCACGGGUUCAAUGUAAAAGCUUCAGAAUCAAUAGAAAUCUCCAAAUCUCCAUUGGCGUGCUCAGUCACCUCCUCUUCUCGCCAAUCAACAAAUCGCCGGCUUCGAAUUCUUUGAUAAACAUAGAAAUUUGGGGAUUUAGGUUUUUAAUUUGAACUCAAACUAGUAGAAUAAGCCAAAUCAAAAGUUUUCUCAAUAAGAUCCCUAAAGAUUUGAAACAAAAGCUUUCUUGAGUUAUUGAAGAAGAGAAAAAUUAUCCUCAGAUCCAGUGACACAGUCACCGGAAGAGAUUAAAGGAAUUUUUUUUUUUACAUACACAUGUUCUUGCUCUGUUCGAUUUAAAUAUGUUAGAUUGCAAAAAGAAUAAAAUUAAAUUAUUCAAUGGGUAGCAAAAUUGAAAAAAGCACUUUCCAGGUGAGAAGCUUUUUGGUCUGGCGAAAGAGAAGAGAGAGCAAGAGGGAGCAUAAAGUGUGGGCAGACCAUUAUAUUAUCCUAGGGACAAUUUAAUCCAUCCACAGAAACUAGUCUUGCACGGUGCAAGACAUAUGAGACUCUUUCAUGUUAGAAUUCGCCUAUAUUUUGAAUCUAUAAUACUGAAUUUUAUAGAUUCAGAACCUUGGAAAAUGAUGAGGGAAUAAGUUCAGAAGCCAUGUGAACAACAGCACACAUGGGAACCAAAAACUUUUUUUUACAAUGAUUUAGAUUCUCACCACUUUUUCUCUUGCCAUUUCUAGAAAAAAAAGAUAAACUUUUUAAUCAUUUUAUUAUAAAGUUUGUUGUUUCAGAAACCAUAACUACAAGCAGAAUAUACAUCACAAAGUUCCACAGCAGAGAGUACUCAUCAGCUUGAGCAACAACUAUUUAGUUAUGAAUCUUCUCAAGAAAUCUCCAUCAUCAUCUUCAUCAACAUCAUCAUCAACAACAACAACAACUAGACCAUCCUUUCCGAGGGAUCCUCGCGGAUCCCUCGAAGUAUUCAAUCCAACAAGCAACUCAAACUCACCAGUACGUUCUCCGUCCAACCUCAAAACUUGGACAGAAACCGAAGAACCACCAAUAAGCGAAUUCUCCGAUGAAGUCACCAUCACCAAUACUUCAUGGAUGGCAAUCAAGGAAGAAGAAAGUACCGGCAACGCCGCGCAGAGAGCAGCAGAGUGGGGGUUGGUACUAACAACAGAUGCUGAGACUGGGAAACCACAAGGAGUGGCAGUUCGAAACUCCGGCGAUGAUGAACCUGGUGGAAAAUUUGCUUCUAAAAGAAACUCCGGUAGAGCUUCCGGUGACUCUUCCGACGGUGGUGAUGCACGUGGAGGGAUACCGAGAGUUUCGGAGGAUUUGAAAGAUGCUUUAUCGGCUUUUCAACAAACUUUUGUGGUUUCGGAUGCUACCAAACCCGAUUACCCGAUUAUGUAUGCAAGUGCGGGUUUUUUCAAAAUGACGGGUUAUACUUCAAAAGAAGUCAUAGGAAGAAACUGUCGGUUUUUACAGGGUGCAGAUACAGAUCCGAAUGACGUGGCAAAAAUAAGGGAAGCAUUGGAAACUGGGAAAAGCUAUUGUGGAAGGUUACUAAAUUACAAGAAGGAUGGAACUGCCUUUUGGAACCUUCUUACUAUUUCACCCAUCAAGGACAAUGAUGGCAAUGUGCUCAAGUUAAUUGGAAUGUUGGUGGAGGUAAACAAACAUACAGAGGGGUCCAAAGAGAAGAAGCUACGUCCAAAUGGGUUGCCUGAAUCCUUGAUUCGAUAUGAUGCUCGCCAGAAAGAGAAAGCUACAUCUUCUGUAUCUGAGUUACUACAGGCCAUGAAACGUCCUCGUGCAUUAAGUGAAUCCGGACACCGUCCUUUUAUCAGAAAAUCAGGAGGAGGUUCUGAAGAAGACGAAGAAGUAGAUAAAGCAGAACACAAAUCAAGGAGAAAUUCUGAUAGUGUAGCUUCUUUUAGACUAAAAUCACAAAGAAAAAGUAGAAGUUCAAUGGAACGAAUCAGUGAGCUACCUGAAAAUCAACACAAAAACUCUCAUCACCGUUCUUUCAUGGGGUUCACGAGGAAAAGUCAGUCUAUCGAUGAAAACAUCGAUAGUAAAGAAAUUGUAUAUGAAAGCUCUGAGAGUGAUGAUGAUGAGAGGUCUGAUAGUUUUGAAUUUGAUGACAAAGAAAAGCUGAGGGAAAAGCGAAAAGGUCUUGAUCUUGCUACUACACUUGAGCGUAUUGAGAAAAACUUUGUCAUUACCGAUCCAAGGCUUCCCGACAAUCCCAUAAUCUUUGCAUCUGAUAGCUUCUUAGAACUUACGGAAUAUAGUCGUGAAGAAAUCUUGGGAAGAAAUUGCAGGUUUCUGCAAGGACCAGAAACUGAUCCAGCAACUGUGAGAAAAAUUAGAGAAGCAAUUGACAACCAAACAGAAGUUACUGUGCAACUGAUCAAUUACACAAGGACUGGGAAAAAAUUCUGGAACUUGUUUCAUUUGCAACCUAUGCGUGAUCAUAAGGGAGAAGUGCAAUAUUUUAUUGGUGUUCAACUUGAUGGUAGUCAACAUGUAGAGCCUCUUCAUAACUGCAUUAAAGAAGAUACUGCAAAGGAGGGAGAAGAAUUGGUAAAAAAAACUGCAGAAAAUGUUGGUGAGGCAGUGAGAGAACUUCCAGAUGCUAAUCAGAAACCAGAUGAUUUAUGGAUGAAUCAUUCAAAAGUGGUUCACCCUAAACCUCAUAGGAAGGACGAUGUUCCUUGGAAAGCAAUCCAAAAGAUUACAGAAAGUGGCGAACAGAUAAGCCUAAAGCACUUUAGGCCGAUUAAACCUUUGGGAUCUGGAGACACCGGAAGCGUGCAUCUGGUGGAGCUUGAGGGAACUGGUCAGUACUUUGCCAUGAAGGCUAUGGAUAAGGGUGUUAUGCUCAAUCGCAAUAAGGUGCAUAGAGCUUGCACUGAGAGAGAAAUUCUUGACAUGUUGGACCACCCUUUUCUACCUGCAUUAUAUGCUUCCUUUCAGACGAAAACACAUGUUUGUUUGAUAACCGAUUACUAUCCUGGUGGAGAACUAUUCCUGCUUCUUGACCAACAACCAACAAAGGUUCUCAAGGAAGAUGCUGUCAGAUUUUAUGCUGCUGAGGUACUAAUUGCAUUGGAGUACCUUCAUUGUCAAGGCAUAAUUUAUCGGGAUUUGAAGCCAGAAAACGUGUUGAUCCAAAGCAACGGCCAUGUGUCUCUAACAGAUUUUGAUUUGUCAUGUUUAACAUCUUGCAAGCCACAGCUUAUUCUUCCAACUACAGAGGAAAAGAAGAAGAGGAAGAAAAAGAAGAAGAAUGGACAACAAAAAAGUCCACAGGUUCCUAUGUUUAUGGCCGAACCAAUGAGAGCGUCUAAUUCUUUUGUUGGCACGGAAGAGUACAUAGCUCCGGAAAUUAUAACUGGUUCAGGUCAUACUAGUGCUGUAGAUUGGUGGGCUCUAGGUAUUCUUCUAUAUGAAAUGCUUUAUGGAUAUACACCAUUUAGAGGAAAGACAAGACAAAAGACAUUUGCAAAUAUUCUUCAUAAAGAUCUUAAAUUUCCCAAAAGCAAACCGGUAAGUCCCCAGGCAAGGCAACUAAUUUACCAGUUGUUGCAUAGAGAUCCCAAAAAUAGAUUGGGUUCACUUGAAGGAGCAAAUGAAAUUAAGAGUCAUCCAUUCUUCAAGAAUGUCAAUUGGGCUCUAAUUCGUUGCAUGAAACCUCCUGAGCUUGAUGCUCCUAUCUUACUGGAAAAUGAUGAAAAUAGAGAAGCCAGAAAUAUUGACCCCGGCCUAGAUGAUUUACAAAAAAAUAUUUUCUGAAAGGGUUAAAGUAUGAAAGAAUGGCAUUCAAGAAACACAUGAAGAGUGUUUGCGAUUUUGGAAUGUAGGGUAUCAUUGUGUAAAAUUUGAUCAUGGUCAGUGUAAUUUAUGAAAUGGAGAUACAAUCUUUUUGUAGUUUAUGACCAUAGUGCACUUAGUAGUCUAGUGUAGAAGUUUUUGUACAUUUUUAGAAAUAAUAUUAAGUCAAUUAAAAUAUGAAAGAAUAAA